GACCAGGGGACCCGUUGUCCAGAUGCAACCGAGUGCUACCAACCAGCUGCCGGUAACCUCUCCAACAUUGAUUCAUUCGCUUUUGAAAUGGAUAAGAAGAAUGCCAUCACCGGGGUUGUCAUGUUCCAGUAUACAGUUACUUCACAACACUCUGUCAAGCCAAAAUUUAUCAACAAGCUUUGGGAUGUGCUGACGAAACAGCACAACCGAAAAUGGAAGUGGAAGCUUGUAUUUGUCAUCCCGAAGGGAAACCGUGGUUUCAGCAAAGUAUGCCCACCAAGGGCUUGA